AUGCCGCACAAGCACAAGCGGAAAAGAGGCGACGAUGCGGAUUUCAAUUUGCCGCCUUCGCAAAGGGCACUGCCACUUCCUGUCAAUUCUGUUGCCUCGAAUGGCACGUCUAGGCAAGCAAAGAAGCGCCGUCAGGCAAAAUCCGACAGCGAUGCGCCACGCGCCUUCAAACGAUUGAUGGCAUUUACGGCCGGCAAAAAGGUACAUUCUGGCCUCGACGGUGGAAGAAAUAAGCAGUCUACGACAUCAGAGCCCAAUCGACAAAGCGAACCACUUCAAAUAAAGCCCGGUGAGGAUCUCCGAGCGUUUGCAGCCCGUGUAGAUGCUGCAAUGCCAUUGGCAGGGGUCUCAACAAAGUCGGGUAUCAAAGGCAGCAAGGAUUUAGAUGGCAUCAAGAUCAAAAGAACGCGAAAAGAGCGCAAAAUGCACAAACUAUACGACCAGUGGCGAGAAGAGGAGCGAAAGAUACAGGAAAAGAGGGAGGAAGAAAAAGAACUGGCAGCAGAACGUGAGCUCGAGAACGAUGAAGCAAGCGGCAUUCUUCCCACAUCUAUUUUAGACGAUGAUGAAGGCAGUAAAAAGAAGAAGAAGGGCAAACGUGGCAAAGACGCCUUCGACGACGACCCUUGGGGAGACUUGAAAAAGAAGAGAGGGGAGGUGAAACUCAGCUUGCAUGAUGUGGCAGAUGCUCCUCCGGAACUACACAAAAAGCAGUCGCGACUUCUCAAGGUUGUUGGAACAGCCACGGUCAAUGUUGGAAGCGUGCCAAAAUCUGCUGGUAGCUUGCGGCGGCGCGAGCAGUUAGAGGAGGAAAGACAGGACGUGGUUGAGGCAUAUCGACGAAUCCGAGAACAUGAGCAACAGAAAUUGGACACGAAACAGAGCGGGUAG